CCUGCGUAGCAACGUCUUGGAAAUGUAGGAUGUAGCAGGACGUGGAAGCAAGCCGCUAAUAACAGUCGGACGUCCGAAAAUACACAAAGAUAUUGAGAAAUAUCUCUUCCUUUGUGCACUCAAACAGUCUAUUUCUGCCAGAUGUGAUCCAACAGUGUUGCGUCCAGAGCUUGAUGGGAGCAUUUGAGGCCUUUUGUGAGUGAGGAGGUUGCGGGUAAUGUACCAUGGGGUACGACGUUACGAGGUUCCAAGGGGAGGUGGAUGAAGACCUGCUUUGUCCGAUAUGUAGUGGAGUACUGGAAGAGCCCGUGCAGGCUCCGCACUGUGAGCAUGCCUUCUGCAACGCCUGCAUAACGCAGUGGUUCGCCCAGCAGCAGAUCUGUCCCGUCGACCGCACGGUGGUGACGUUGGCUCACCUGCGGCCGGUGCCCCGCAUCAUGCGUAACAUGCUGUCCAAGCUUCAGAUCAGCUGUGACAACGCCAGCUUCGGCUGCACAGCGACGCUGCGGCUCGAUCAGCUGCAGUCGCACCUCAAGGACUGCGAGCACAACCCCAAAAGACCCGUCAACUGCGAGGAGGGAUGUGGGCUGGAAAUGCCCAAAGAUGAGCUGCCCAACCACAACUGUAUCAAACACUUGAGGAGUGUCGUGCAACAGCAGCAGACUAAAAUUUCAGAGCUGGAAAAAACAGUUGCGGAACACAAACAUCAGUUGGGAGAACAGAAACGAGACAUUCAGCUGCUUAAAGCCUACAUGAGAGCAAUUCGAAGCGCAAACCCCAACCUGCAAAACCUGGAGGAGAGCAUAGAGUACAACGAGAUCCUGGAGUGGGUGAACUCCAUGCAGCCGGCCCGCGUGACGCGCUGGGGGGGCAUGAUCUCCACGCCCGACGCCGUGCUCCAGGCCGUCAUCAAGCGCUCCCUCAUCGACAGCGGCUGUCCCCUCACCAUCGUCAACGACCUGAUCGAGAACGCCCACGAGCGGAACUGGCCGCAGGGACUGGCCACGCUGGAGACGCGGCAGAUGAACAGGCGCUACUAUGAGAACUACGUUGCCAAGCGGAUCCCUGGCAAGCAGGCAGUGGUGGUGAUGGCCUGCGAGAAUCAGCACAUGGGGGAGGACAUGAUCCUGGAGCCCGGCCUGGUUAUGAUCUUUGCGCACGGAGUGGAGGAGAUCUUAUAACUGCACACAGCCAGCCACGCCGAUCCACGAACACAAGGGAACGUUUUACUUUGGGAGGGGUUUGCUGUGGUGAAGAGCAAGGGUUUGUUUUUUUUUUUUUUUUUUGUUCCCCUCUCUCUGGAGUGAAACGUUCCUUACUAAAUCUGGCUUAUUUAAAGUAAAAUCUUAGGCUCGCUCCUAAGCUUGAUACCUAUGCCUUAAAAUAAGGACAAAUACUUUAUGAACCUGGCAAAUAUAAACUUAAUCUGACUGAUAUCGAAGAGAAAAGGUGAGAUGUGAUGUUUACAAGGUUUAUAUUUAGUGCAUUAUAUGAUCUGAUUGUUCUACUAUAUGUCCUGAUAUAGUUCUAAGCUUGAAGCCCCGUUUGAUGUCCUCGGCUGUAAAAAUGCUUGUAAAUACAAAAUACUAUAUUGAAUUAUAAAUGUUAUACUCAGCACUGUAAUUAAAUGGUGAUUUAUCUCAGUUCUGUUUAGUCGGCUUGUGUUGCUGUCUGCGGGGGACGUCGGCUCUGAAGACCCUCGGCGCGCUCGCUUUAGUGCUUAGUUUCCUGUGAAUAUUUCACAAGACAUCGUGCUUCUCGGUUCAGAUUGUCCCAAACUCCUGUGCCAAUUGUUUUAUUUAUUGUGUUGCCUUUCACACAAAACAUGCUUGAAGAUGUUAUCGUCUGUCGUCUGGAGAUCUGCCUUUUUCGGUGCAUUUGAAGGUCAUUGCAGGAAGAGAGAAGUUUUUUUUUUUAAAAUUUGUGUUUGUUGCCUCGGUUGUACAUAUAGUCUGUAUGUUGGGUCCAGUUGGAAGUGUUAAAUCUGACUUUUAACAUUUUGGGGUUUACGUACGACGAGCUUCAUUUGGCGGGCCGUUGAGGUUCGCCUGAUAUGUUCGCUGAUCCAGUUUCAAUCGUAAACAUUUAUCUUCUCGUGUCUCACUGUAGGCAAACGUCAUUUCACCAAGAUGCCGCUAAGAAAAAAAAAAAAAAAAGCAUACACAGCUCGGAGAUUGUACAAAUAUUUGUAAAGUCACUCUUAUAAGGCUUUUUAGAAGGAAAAUGCUUUAUCAUUAGUCACUCAUUGCUGUCAUGAGAAUAAGACUUUAAGGCAUUGAAGGCCACACAAGUGGAUUGUGCCCUUUACUAUUUUCCUUGAUAAUGUUUUUAUUUGUUUUGUGUCUAUUAUGUACCGUGCUGUACAGACAGUAAUAAAAUGUCAAACUUC